AUGUCUGAAAGUACGGUAGAUUAUGAGCCUGAAAUUUCUCCAUCAUUAAAAGUUAUUAAAUCAGUUACUCGGACUGAUUCUGAAAAAUCUCUAUCUAAAUCAGAUAAUUGUGAAUCUGAAAAUACUUUAGUGUCACAAUAUUCCCCAUCGGAUUCAAAUCAAGAUUUAGAAAAGCAUAGCAAAGUUUUGGAGCAAUUAGCUAGCACUAAUAAAAUUACUGUCAGAAUUAAUUGGAAUUAUAGCAUAGAUGAUAUUAAUGAUAAAAAAAAUAACUAUGAACAUAACUCAGAUAAUAAUAGUAAUGAAAUUAUUACCAAUAUCAAAAAUCAGCAUAUUGAAUUAAUUACUCAAAUUGAAAGUUUGAUUAAAUCAUCAAGAGGUAUGCUAAUAGAAACAUCUGCGAUAGAGGAUUAUGAGUUUUUAUCAGAUAAGAGAAGAUUAGAAUUUUUAAAAGAAAAUAUUAAUAUAUUUACCUUUGAACAAGGCUCUAAGGAGUUCGCAAGUUCAGCAAAGAAUAAAUCUGAUUCUGGUACAUACACUUAUCAUGUUGUUUUGCAAGGCCAGACAAAAAAAUCGGAAAUCUUUGACAAAUUAUCAAAUGAUAUCAAAAAUGUCCUGAUAGAGUCUGAAAAUUUAGUUCAAAGGUGGUCUAUAAGCAUUAAUAAGCAUGCAUUAACUCAUCCAGGCAACCUUUAUAUUAGAGGAAUUCCAAAAGAUUUAACUAUUGAUGAUCUGAAACCUAUAUUUGAUACAUUUGGUAAAGUUCUAUCGUUAAAGAUAAUAUGUGACUUAAUUACCGGUGAGUCGUUAGGUUACGGUUUCAUAUCGUUUAAACUUGGGUCGGAAGCUUCAAAUUGUAUUAAUAAAUUAAAUGGUACAGCCAUGAAUGGCUCUACCUUAUUUAUUAAUUAUCAUGUGGAAAGGAAAGAAAGAGAGAAGGUCUUUUGGAACAACUUCAAGGAAAAUAACGAUGAUAAUAAGUUUAAGGGAAUAUUUAUUGGAAAUAUUCCAAAAUAUAAAAAUAACAAACAACUUGUAACAACGAAGGAAAUAAUAGAGAAAAUUACAAAGUAUUUGGAAGAUGUUGUGCCAAAUGCCUCAAUUAUAUCAUUUUAUUUUCCAAAGCAGUGUCCUCCAAAUGUUGGAGAUAAUCCACAAAUUGAAGGCUUAGAUAAAAUCAAAGAUGAAGAAAAUAGAAAUAAGGAAGAUGUGGAAGAUGAUGACACAAUCACAGAUGAUGAUUCCACCGCUGUGGUUUCGAAACAGAAUAGUGAUUCAUUACCAUUCGAUGAUGAUGAAACUUUGAAAGGCUAUGGGUUUAUUAAAUUUCAAGAGCAUGAGCAUGCUAUUGAUGCUAUGACUAAAUUAGAAGAUUUACGUUUGUUUGGUAAUAAAUUAAUAAUUAACAAGGCCAUUCAAAGUAAAUAUUACAAAAAUUUUAAUGGCUUUGUUCCAAGAUUGGAGGCACGUCAUUCUGAACCAUUUUCAACUAGAUCUGAUUACCCAUUACCCAGGAGGAGAGCUUCAGAUAAUACAUUCGUAUCGCGGAAUUCUAAUUCAAUGUUUCCUCCUAACGCAACAUUUUUCCAAGGUCAACCAAAUAUCAUCGCACCAACAUUUUUUGAAAACACAAUACCACCUGCAUUCUUAACACCUUUUGGGCACUUAACACUCCCAAAUAAUGGAAUGCCCAUUAGCAGUACAACGCAAACGCAAACCUCUACAAGCACAACUGCCACUACACCACCUUUAGAUCCACUCUUUAUACCCAACCAAAUCAUGCCUAGGAAAUCAUAUAUUAGCCCGUUUUAUUCUUAUGGUAAUAUGGCAGCUCUGAAUAAUGGAUAUAUGCCUAACACUAUUGCAUAUACUUCUGGUGGUAAUACUUCCCCCGAUAGAGUUGAAAAUGAAAUAAAAGUUAAUAGUAACUCUAAUAAUAAUGCAAGCUCAGGAAAUAAUCUAAACGUUAGUAUUAAUAACAAUAAUUCUAAUAGUAACAAUAAUAAUAACAAUAAUAGUAAUGGCAAUGGUAAUAAUAAUAGUAAUAGUAAUAAAAGCCAUGGCCAUAAGAAUAUUCACCACAAUCAUAGUCACAGCACUAAUAAUAUCAGAAAUAGCAUAUCUAUGAUUCAUUUGAACCAGCAGGGCCAAUUACGCCCUUCGCAAGAUCAAACUGUAUAUCAAACUUUUGCAUUCAAUAACCAUAAUAAUGGAAAUGCCAGCAAUAAUAUUAUCACUACUAAUAAUCACAGCAAUGGCAUCCAUUCAGCAAAUAAUUCAAACAAUAAUAACAUGGGCCAUAAUAAUAUGCAUAAUAACUUAAAUAAUAAUGUUAUGAAUAAUUUGAACACGAAUAUCAAUAAUAAUGGAAUGUCUAACAUUUCUAAUAUGAGAAAGUAUAGUAUUCCAUCACCUACUAAUGACCAACAAGAAUCAAAUAUAUAUAUUAAGCAUUUGCCAUUAAGUUGGGUAGAUCACGAUUUAUAUAAAUUUUAUGAAAAAUUUGGGCCAGUUAUAAGUGCAAAGAUUAUUACUGUUGGUGGUAGUAAGAUAAAAGCAAACAAUCCCACAAAUAAUGCUGUUAAUGGUAAUGAAAAAGAUGCUGGGCAUCUUGAGUUACCAAUUGGUGCUUCUAAGGGAUACGGGUUUGUUUAUUUUAAGAAUCCACUUGAUGCGUCUAAGGCAGUUAUGUCAACAGACGGCAUUAAAUUAUUUGAUGAUCAUAUUUUAUCAGUGUCCUUUGCCCAAAAGAAGGAUAAAAAAUUUAAAAAUAAAUUCUUUAUUAACUUUGAUUUCUUAACUUUAAAAAGCAAAUAUUAA